AAGGAAACGCGACAAAGACACGAAAGAGUGGGAUAUAUGCAAUCAGAAAAGAGAAAUGUAAGAGAUGGCAAGAAGUAAAGAAAGAACAAAAAAGAGAAGGCACAGAAAAACAGAAAUUAGAGAAAACAGGCAAUAGAAAGCAUAAAUUAAGAAAGAAAGGAAAGUACAAAAGAAGAAAAAAAAAAAGAAAUGAAGACAGGAAAACAGAAAAUGAUAAAGAAGAAGAAAGAAAAAGAAAAAAGAAAGAAGGCAAGAGAAGUAAGGAAGAUACAAAGAAAAUGAAAAGAAAUAAAGAAGACGAAAAAAAUGCAAUAAAAAACAGCAAAAGGGAAGAUAAGAAAGAAGGAACAAGUAGGAGAAAAAAGAAGGUAGAAAAGAAGAGAAGAUGGGAUAAAGAAAUCAAAAAAGAGGAAAAACAAACAAGAAAGAUGAUAAAGAAUAAGCAAGAGUUAAAAGAGCAUAAGAAAAAGGCAGCAAGAAAAGGAGGAAAAGAAAGAAAAAAAGAUAAGACAAGAGGAAAGGAGGAAACAAGAAAAAGGAAACAAAAAAGACAAAAGAACCUAGAGGAAAUAAAAGGAACAAACAAGAGACAUGAGGAAGAAGCAGUCGAGAGAGACAUUAGAAAAAAAAUAAGACAAGCGGGAAGAAAAGAAGAAGGAACCAGGAAGAAAAUUGGCAAUAAAAGACCAACAAGACAGAAAUAG